GCUUGGCGUCAUGGCGGAGGGGGAGGAGGCGAUGAGCCAGGACGACUGGAAGGAGAGGUGUACGGUUCUGGAGGCGCUGCUGCUGAAGUUCAGGGUCCAGAUCGUUAAGAUUCGGGAGCUCACCGCUGACAAGAUUCAGCAACUGGAGACACAGGUGAUUGAUGCAGAGAAGCGAGCGUUUGCUGCGAACCAGCAGGUGAAGUGGAUGGAGGAGAAGCUGAAGGCACCAGACGGCCAGGGCGGCGACUCUGAGAUGCGUUUGUUUCAGCAGUGCCAGGAGCUGCAGGCCUCGGUGCAGGAGAAGGAGGAGGUGAUCGGCCAUCUGGAGCAGCAGCUGGAGGAGCAGAAACAGACUCGAGUCCAGGACGCCAGGACGGUGGAGGAGAAAGCAGCCAAGAUCAAGGAGUGGGUGAUGCUCAGGCUGUCAGAGUUUGAGGUGGAGAACGCAGCAUUAAGAGAAACCAACAAGCAGCAGGAAGCCCAGAUCUCAGAGCUGCAGAAACAAGUGCAAGCCUUUGAGCAGAGGUACGUCAGUGACCGAGGAGUCCUGUGCACGCCUAGCGAGGCGCAGCGUCUCAGCAGCCUCACGUUUGGCUGCUUUCAGGUGAGGGGCAAAAACCCUCAGGUCCUUACCGGGCCGGCACCAUCCCAGAGGACCCUCUGCACACAGGAGGAGAUGGAAACGCUCGUCGACGCGACUCAGAGGAGCGUUAAACCCUCAGCCUCCCCGGACGCCGGCGCUGACGUCCACAGACUCGUGAUUUCCUCACGGGAGGACAGCAACGCGCCGAAGAAAAGCCCUGAAAAUGCGUGCGGACCUAAGUCCCACAGGCGGUCGCGUCUGCUGCCCAGCGCUGCUUCAGAGGGGGAAGGAGUGUGUGAGGGCCCUGUGGGGGUCUCCGGGUUCAGCCGGCCCUGCAGCGAGAACUACCUCACCGCUUCGGAUGACAGCAGCUCUCUGUUUGACGAUGACAUGCAGCGUGCCGAGCGACCCGUUUUCGGACUGGUAGGAGCGGCAGACACGGCGCCAGGAGGUUUGGGCGCGGGGUCGGAGGGGAGCAAGGCGAAGCUGGAGGACUGCACCUCCGAGGAGCUCAACCAAAGGUUCCAGUCCCAGAGGCUGGACUCCUCGUCGUCUUCCAGCGAGCCGACCACACCCAGCCCCAUCCUCACCCCAGCCCUGACGCCGAAGCGGCCCAACGCGCCCCGGGACCCCACGGACAACCCGGCGUCCCCCAAACAGCCCCGCCUGAGGACCCCCGCAGGGUGCGGCUCGCUGAACGCGCCUCUGGCGAAGAAACACCUGAGCCAGCCGCCUGUCGGCAGCGAGGCGGCGCACGGCCAAACCCGCAACGCCCUCAGCAUGUUCCGCCCCCUCCGGCCGCAGGAGACCGACCUGGACCGUCACCUGGAGGACGGCAUGGAGACAGGAAGGGACACGCCUCCCCAGAUCCCUCCCCUCUCCCCAGCGCCCCACUCGGUGUCGGCCUUACAGACCUCGUCCAGGUCAGAGGCCGGUUCUGAGAGGGCUGACGGUGACGGCUCCGGGCCCUGCAAACCCCCCACCCCUCCCCUACACAGACUCCCCUCCUGGGAAAGUCGUAUCUACGCUGUCGCUAAAUCGGGGAUCAGACUGUCCGACACGUCCUGUUCGGGUCAUCCCAGCAGAGACCCCUCUCUGCAGGCCUCCUAUCCCGCCUUCGUCAUGUACACGUCGCUCAUCUAUAAGAACAUGACGACCCCAGUUUACACGACGGUGAAAGGGAAAGCCACCCUGCUGAGCAGCAGUCCCUUCUCAGACGAGUCCUCCAGCUCCGAGGAGUCCUCCAGCUCAGGAGAGGAGGACGGCUCCGUCUGCAGCUCCCAAGCUUCCUCGGACUCCAGGAAGGACAGCGGCCCGGGAAGCCCGCGGUCCCUCAAAAGAGCCGUGUCCGUGGCCUCCAUGACGUCAGAGAGCGACUAUGCCAUCCCUCCUGAUGCCUAUUCCACGGACACAGAGUGCUCUGAACCUGAGCAGAAGCUGCCCAAGACCUGCACUUCAGCCGCCGACAACGGCAAGAGUGAGCCGAUGGAGAAGUCGGGCUAUCUGCUGAGAAUGGUUAAAACUUGGAAGAAAACCUGGAAGAGACGCUGGUUCGUCCUCAAAGAUGGAGAGCUGCUCUACUAUAAGUCACCAAGUGACGUGAUCCGAAAGCCUCAGGGUCAGAUCGAAGUCAACGCGAGCAGCAGCAUCACCCGUGGAGACGGCAAGCAAGUUCUUCAGAUCAUGACUGGGAAGCAUGUUUAUUACCUGAAAGCGGACUCUCCCAACCUGCUGGAGGAGUGGCUGCGGGUCCUGCAGAGCGUCCUGAGGAUGAAGGCUGCGAGUCCUCUCUUCACCCAGCCGGAUAUUCGCCCCAUCAUGAAGGGACUGCUCAUCAAGGUGAAGCACGGCUAUUCCAAGCGGGUCUGGUGUGCUCUGAUUGGCAAAACGUUGUACUACUUCCGCGGCCAAGAGGACAAGUUCCCUCUGGGUCAGAUUAAGCUGUGGGAGGCCCGGGUCGAGGAGGUGGACAGGUCAAAUGAGUCGGACGAGGAGCUGAAAGCUUGUGGGCGGGGCUUAGAGACGGCUCCAUUCACGAUCGCCGUACACCCUCAAGAGCAAAGUCCGACUUACUUGCUAAUUGAGUCCAACCAUGAGAAGGAUUCGUGGCUGUACCAUCUGUCCGUGGCCGCCGGUACCACGGUGGGCAACGUCGGCACCGAGUUUGAGCGGCUGGUGGGAAAACUCUUCCAGCUGGACGGGGAUCCAAAUUCUCAGAUCUGGAGACAUCCGACGCUGUGUUUCAGUAAGGAGGCUCUCUCCUCUCCUCUCACCACUCUGCCCUCUCAGGCCCUGCAGACAGAGGCUGUCAAGCUGUUCAAGACCUGUCAGCUGUUCAUCAACGUGGCCAUCGACGCUCCGGCCAUCGACUACCACGUCUCUCUGGCUCAGAGCGCUUUGCAGGUGUGCCUGACCCACCCGGAGCUUCAGAACGAGUUCUUCUGCCAGCUCAUGAAGCAGACCCGCAUGAAGCAGCCGCAAGGCCAGGCGGGCCCUCUGCAGGGUUGGCAGUUCCUGGCUCUCUGUGUCGGUCUGUUUCUGCCUCAGCAUCCGUUCCUCUGGCUGCUUCAGCUUCACCUGAAGAGACAUGGAGACUCCAGGACCGAAGUGGGAAAGUAUGCCAUCUACUGCCAGCGCUCUUUAGAGCGGACCCAGCAGAAGGGUGAGAGGCAGGCCCGGCCGUCCCGUAUGGAGAUUCUGUCGAUCCUACUGAGGAACCCGUAUCACCACUCUCUGCCUUUCAGCGUCCCCGUGCACUUCCUCAACAACACAUAUCAGGUGGUGAGCUUUGAUGCUUCAACAACUGUAGACGAAUUCCAGAGUCGCCUCAACCAGGACACGGGUAUGAGGAAGACUGGUCUUUCUGGUUUCAGCCUGUACACCGAUGAUCCCACCGGAAGAGAACUGGAACAUUGUUUGUCUGGAGGCAUUAAGAUUUGUGAUAUUCUCUCCAAAUGGGAGCAGGCGUCUAAAGAGCAGCAUUCUGGGAAGUCUGAAAACACCAGAACAGUCCGCCUUACCUACAAGAACAGGCUUUACUUCUCUCACCAGAUGAGAGGGGAGUCAGAGAGGGAGCGGUUGCUGCUAGCUUACCAGACCAAUGAAGCCAUCAUAGCUGGACACUUUCCCAUCAACAAGGAACUGGCUCUGGAAAUGGCAGCCUUGCUCGCUCAGGUGGAGUUUGGAGAUUUUGAACGCUCCUUUGCCUCGGGAUCGGCUCAAAGUAAGUCCAAUCAGACUUUGAAACAAGUGUUGGACAGAUUCUACCCUAAACACUACCGCAGGACCUCGCCUGAGGAGCAACAAAGACAACUGAUGCAACGUCUAUCUGCCCGCUGGGCCUCCCUAAAGGGGCGGAGUUCAUCUGAGUGCGUCAGGAUCUACCUGACCGUUGCCAGAAAAUGGCCGUUUUUCGGUGCUAAACUGUUCCAGGCAGAGACUACAUCUCCCUCUCCUGAGUCGGGUCAGAGUGUUUGGCUGGCGGUGCAUGAAGACGGGAUCAGUGUCCUGGAGCGCAGCUCCAUUAAACUGCUGGUGACCCACGCCUACAAGAACCUGGUGACUUUCGGAGGCUGCAAGGAGGACUUCAUGCUGGUGGUGGGCCACAGCGCCGGUACGAACGCCAGCAAAGACAAACCCGCGGAGAAGCAUCUGUUCGCGAUGGACUUCUCCAAGAUCAGGGAAAUCACCCUCCUCGUCUCCAGUUACAUCAACAGCGCUCACCAGCAGAAGGCCGCCGCCCACCACCUGUCCGCCCCGGCUCUGAUGGCGGCCCAGCCCGUCAGCCUGAAGAGCAAAGAGCUACGGAGCAAAUCCCCGCCGGCGCUGGGACGGCCCAGCAAGGCCCCCACGCUGCUCUGAUGGACGCCGAACAAACACCCCGACGUUGUUCUAACAUGAAAAAUCAGCUUCGUUUUGCAACUCAGGCUCGGUUAUUUGUGCAAAUAGAUGGUCGCUUCAGUUCCUGCUGAGAAUGACGGGCAAAAAAAAAAUAAAGGAACCGUUUGGUAUACUUCAGUAUUACAGAGCAGCUGAGUGGAAACCAGACCUCUGCACUGUGAAACCUACUUAGAGUACAGUAGGUUUUAUCAUCUGCUCUAAGUAGAUGUUUGCUUGUGAAAGAAGGUAAUGGUAUUUAUAAGUCUGUUUGCAUUUUUUUUUAUUUUCAAUACAGAUAAGGAAAAGUGAAGCAAUUUUAAGAUACUAUCUAUGUGUUAAAAAUCCAUCUCCUUAAUAAAAUUGAUCAAUCUGGUGUCAACCAAUGACU